GUUGCAGAUUUAACUGAACAGCUAGCUUCUAAAACAGAUGCUGAUGAUGCUAUUAUGGUUGCCGUUGACAACAAGAUUGAGGAAUGGAAGAUAAUCCUUCAAGACAAGGAUCAGACCAUCAUAGAUCAGCAGGAAGAAGUGUUUCGUCUCCGUGAGCAGCUGAUAGCAGCUAACAUGGACAGUGACAAGGCGUCAGUGGCCGCACUCUCGAAGGUCAUCAAGGAGAAAGAUCGGCAGAUAGAGGAGUUGACGGAACAGAUGAAAGUUUACGCUGAUGAUCUGGACAAUAAUGCAGCAGUCAUUGAAGACCUUCGUUCAGAAUUACACAGAACUGGACAAGGUCCGGGUGAAAGACAACAAAUCAUUAUCCGGGAAUUGAAAGAAAAACUGAAAGCUGAACAAGACAGAAAUAAAGAUGCUGACAGAGAUAUUAAGCUGGCUGAACAAGAUGCCAGUGAGAAGGAUAAGGACCUAAAUGAGGCCCUGGAGAGGAUGAGACAAUAUGAAGCUGGAGAAUAUGGUCUAGCAGAGGCUGUAGCUGAAAUCAAAGAUGUGAAGAAACAGAUCAAAGUUAGAGACAGGCAAAUUGAGGAGCUGACCCAGCAUAUAAACAAGACAGAGUUAACAAUCAACGACCUCUGUGACGAGAAUGAAGACCUCCGCGGCAGACUCGGGCUUGACCCUCGUAAACCUCUGGAUCUCACAAAAUACAGGUCGGAUAAAAAAGUCAGGAUGGAGGAGGAGAAGGCCAUGAACUAUAUACUACAGAAAGAGGUUGAGAAAUUAGAGGAUGAAAGAAUUGAGCUGAAACAGAAAAUUAGAAAGAUGGCACAACACCUGGGACAGAGAGCUGUAGCUCUAGGUCUCACAGCUGAUGAUAUGAUAGCUGUGCAGGAUUUCACGGAGACACUGAAGGAGAAGAGGAAACCCGAGUCUGUGGCUACCAUUAUAAAACGAGAAGUUGCUAUGGAGGAGAACAAGAUGAGGAAGAAUGAGUAUGACCAAGAUUUACGCGAGAAUUUCCGAGAAAUGGAUCGUCUGUAUAGUGAUAACGCUCAGCUGAAGGCUCGCUCGGAACAACUUGAGGACGAGAACAAGAACCUCGAGGCUGGCCUCAAAGAGGUGAUGGAGGCAGUGAAAAAGUAUGGUAUGAGGGCAACUGAAGAUGGGGAUGGGGAGGAGAUGGAGAAAGGGCAGAGAGAAAUACAAGAAAUGCAAUUUCCAUCCAUAGAGAGAAUGUUGGCUGCUAUUGAAGCCAAGUCUGUCAUAGGCAGACAUGACACUUCUUUGUUCUUGAAAGCUCAGAUGGACAACUUACAGGGCAGGAAUGACGAGUUACGUAUGGUACUCAGAGAAACCAGGCACGAGUCUAACAAAUAUAAUCUGGAACUAGAAAAAGCCAUGGAAAAGAUAAAACAGAUGGAGGAAGAAUUAAAGACUGUGAAGGGCCCUGGUGGUGUGAGUGCCGGGUUCUUUAAACCUAUGAACCUACCAGAAAACAUGGCAACAACCAGUGCUGAAGUGAUUGCAGGUCUUAAUGAACACCUUGUCACUGUUUUACAGGAGUUACAUGUGAAAGAGGAGUUGUUGAACAAGACAGAGGGUAAACUAGAGGACUACAAGAGGAAGUUUGCCGUAGUAAGACAUCAACAAGGUCUUCUAUACCAUGAUUAUCUUAAAGAUAAAAAGGUCUGGGAAGAAGAAGUGAAGAAAUUGAAGGAUGAACUGAAGAAUGUAGAAGGUCACAGAGAAGAAGACAAAGUUCAAAUUCUCGAGUUUGAACGAUUGGUUGAUACCCUGAACCAGGAUGAUAGUGAGAUUAAACGUAGAUUAUCAGAUAUGACACGACGUAUCACCGUGUAUCGGGUAAACGAAAAAGCUCUCACCAGGAGGUACCAAACUAUGGAAGAGAUGGACGGUCAGCAGAGAAAGGAGAUAAGUCGUUUAAAGAAUGAGAUGGUUGCCAUGGAGCAGGCAGUAGUUGAAAGAAUGGGUUAUCUACAGAGAUAUAAGGAUAUGGCAGCAUUUAAGAUGGCAGGUUUGCAGAAAGCCCUAGAAGACUCGGUUCCUUCCAGUGACCUUGACCAUGCUAAUAAAAAAUACCACGAGUUGACAGAGAAAUAUCGAGAUUUGUUGGAAAAGGGAAAUAACCUAGUACUUAAAGCUGAGAUGCUUACAGGUCUUGAGGUUGAAGUUAAGAGAAUGACUGUGGAGAAUGAAGAAAUAAAGAAGACAAUGACUCUAGAUAAAGAGAGACUACAUACACUGGAAGCUGCCUUGAAUGAGCUUCACAAGAGAGGUGUGACGGAUGGGACAGAGAUUAAAGGGAUCACUGAUGCCGAUGUUAUAACUACGUCAAAAAAGAUAACUACGUUAGAGAUGAAGGAGAUGAAUGAACGUCAACGAGCGGAACAUGCCGUCAACAUGUACGAGCAACAAAAAUCUAUACUCCACAGUCUUGAGAAUAGGAACAAAGAACUUGAAGAUAAAUUUGCAGAGAUAACAAGAUCAAAUCUGGACCUUCAGAAGAUUGAGAGAGAUUUAAGAGAUGAACUGUCAAAUUCAGUUACACGUGCAAUCAGUGAAGCUGACAGAAAGAAGAUUGAUCAACUUGAUGAACAAAUAUUGAACUUAAAGCAUGAAAACUCUAAACUUAAGGAAGUAACAGAUGUUGCCAGUUCACAGGUGAAAGCUCUGGAGAUGCAGCAUAUAUCGAAAGAGAAAGAAGUGAAAUCUAUGCGACAACAGUUGCUUGACUUCCAAGUACAAAGUGAUGAAAAAACUAUCAUUGGUAAGCUACAUCGUCAUAUAGUACAGUUACAAGUGAGUGAAGGAACAGCUGUAAGAAAGCUGGAAGAGUCGAGGAAGAAGGUCACCAAACUAGAGGCAAUGAUCCUCCGCCUUGAACAGAAACUUGAUGACAAAGAAAACACGAUAUUCCACAAGAGGAAAGAAGCACAGAACAAAGUCCAGUACCUGAAGAGAAAUCUACAUGAUUUGAGAUUACAGUUUGCUGGUGCUAUUCCGCUGUCUAAACAAGAGAAAUUCUCCAAGAAUCUGAUGCAGCUACAGCAUGAUAAGGUCCAUCUACAGGAUGAACUUAGACAGGUAAAGAAAACAAAGGAAGAUAUGGAGGAUAAGCUGGCAGCUCUAGAAUUACAACACAAGGGUUUACAGGAGCUUAUUAUGACACUUAAAGAUGGCCGUGGUGCUGCUAAGGUCAAGGAAUGGCACGGGAAAAUGGACACACUGAGAUUAGAGGAAUUAAAGCAUAGAAGACAUAUAACUAAACUACAACAACAGAUCAGUUAUCUAGAAGGCGUUAUCAGAACCCAUGAAUCAGGAAUAGCAGAAUUAGAGGCAGACAAUGUCAAACUUACUCAGGAAUUUGAGGAGAGACAGUUAAGAUGGGAGCACAGGGAGGUGGAGCUAGAGAGACAGAUCGCUACCCUAGAACGUCAGACGGCACAAAUAGCAGGAGCUGCCGCUAAGUUUGAGGAAGCAGUUGGCAGACUGCCAGAUUCUAAACUUCCAGUGGCUAACCAGUUAGAACAGGCUAUAAGCACUAUUAAAUCUAAUGUGAGAGUUAUACUGGAUACACAAGCUGAUUCCAAGAGACUUAAAAAGAGAAAUGAGGAGCUGGAAAAACACAGUAGAGAAUUAGAGCAUGCUUUGAUUGCUCGUGACAAGGUGAUAGCCGAUCUACGACUGCGCAUGCCGGCCACGGCAGAACGAGAUGAGAUGAUCCUGCGGGCACAGUCUAAAGCCAACACAACGGCAGAGAUUAACAAGGCAACGCAUGAUCGUAACUUUGACAGCGAGCAGUCGAUGAAAAUAGCUCAGUCUACAAUAGGGAGCUUGCAGGCAAGAAUUCAACAGAAAGAGGAGACAAUCUGUAAAUACCAAGACCUGUUACGUCAAGCUAGAGAAGAUAUGCAGGAAAUGAACAAAAGGCACGAGCAAGAGUUACGGGCCAUGCAGCAGAAAAUACACAUGAACACUGACGCAGCCUUCAGCAAGUUUAAAGAGGCCGCCCAGCAAAUUAUGACUCAGAAAUUAGCUCGUCCAAUCUCUAAUAAACAGCUUGCACGGUUGAAUGAACUUGAAGAGUUGGUGGUAGAACAAGAGAACGCACUGGCUGCCAUGGCUCACAAAAUACGAUCUAAAGACGAAGAUAUUGUUAGUCAUAAAACUAAACUUCAACAACAGAUGCAUAGUCAUGCUGGUGAAAAACAAAGUGUUGUUGGACAGCUGUCUGAGGAACUUGCCAAUAAGCAAGCAGAUGUUGACAGACUGACAAGAACUGUGGAACAUCAGGCUAAAGAACUUGAACUGCUCAAUGAGGAGCUCGGUACAGCCAAGGAUGCUAACUCUCGUGCACCGACUACAACAAUGAAAAACCUUGUGGAGAGAUUGAAGAAUCAGCUAGCGUUGAAGGAGAAACAACACCAGGCUUUAAGUAAGGCCCUGACAGAACUUAGAGCAGACAUGGUUACCCAGGCCCAGGAACAAGUUAAGGCCCAUUCUGAAGAUUCAUCUCAGCAAGUUAAUGUACAGAAAAUUGUUGAUAAACAUACAAAGGAGCUAACUGACCAGAUAGAAGAUCUACAGAACACAAUAGAAAGACAGAAGAAGGAAUUGAAGAAGAGAAAGGACAAAGAGAGUAGUUUACAGUCUGAGAUUGAUGACUUUAGAGAAGAACUAACCCAAAAGGAGAAAUCUGUGCAUAAAUUAAAGGGAGAUAAGCAGAGGCUAGAAUCAGAAAUUGAAGAGCUUGAAAAGAAGGUAGAAAGAAUGAGUACAAUGAAAACACAGAAAACUGGUGAAGAGAAUACAAAGCGUGAAAUGGAUGAGUUGAGACGUCAGGUUCGACUCCUGGAAGGUGAACUAAAGCGUAAGGGCCAGGCGGCAGAGAAACCAUACGAUGUUAAGAAAGAAUCACCAAGGGAUCCUCCACCUAAGGGGAGUGGAGGCAGUGAGGAGCUUCUAAAAUGGGAGGAGAGCAAGAAGUGGCAGAAAACUGUGGAGAAAAUGAGGUCAAAGAUCAAGGAAAGAGAUGCUGAGAUUGACAGACUACAAAAAUCUAAUAAAAUGCUCAAAGAUAUAUCUGACAGACUUACAAGGGAGAAGGAUAAUUUAGAGAGGAGACUAAGUGCCAAACCCUCAGGAGGUGCUGCAGCCCCACCCCUCACAUCCGCACCUUAUAAACCUGACCAUCAGCUGGAGAAACUUAAAAACCAGAAUUAUCAACUUCAGGAAGAGGUAGCAGAGUUAAAACGACAGUUGCUGCUUGGAAGAGAGGUACCUCUACAAGAAGAGAAGAUAAGAAGUCAGCAACUUGCUGAACAGGUGGAGAUAAUGGAGCAAGUUGUUGCUCAGAAACAACAAUCCACUGCCAAGUCACCAACAGAAGGGUCAGGGUCACAGGGGUCAGAGUAUCAGGUGAUAUUUGAGAAGAGUCAGAAUUUACAGAAACAGGUGCUCAAACUGUCAGAGGAGAACAUAGAACUGAAGUUUGAGGCUGAACAAGCCAAGAAAGAUAUUCCCAGACUAAAGGACAGAAUUACAGAUCUACAGAGAUAUGUAGAGGCUCUGAAGUCAGAGAAUAGUCAGCUUCUAGCUGGUGAUGGUACCAAUAGAUCCAUGGAUUCUGCUGGAUCUUCAAUCAGAAGGAUCGGAGAGAGUGGAAAGAGCACUAGACAACUAGAGAAGACUGUAGCUCUGUUAAAGAAAGUUGUAGAAAGGGUUCAGUCUGAAAAUGAACAAUUAAAGAAAGCACCUGGUGUUGUCAGUAAUGAAAGACUUCAAAAUCUACAGAUGGAGAAUGAAGGACUUAAAUCUCAGCUAGACGAAUUGCGACAGAAGAUUGGAGCCACGCUGAGUGAGAGAUACACAAGUCAACAAAAAGGCACAGCUAAAAUGAUGAACGAUUAUGAGAAAAUGAGGAAAGAUCUCAUGAAGGAAAUGGAUAGCAAUGAAAAACUUCGUGCUCAGAUAACUUCCCUGGAGAUCAAGAUCGAGCAACAGAAAGGCAGGAUGGCAGAGUCUAGGACAAGACUCCAGAUUGAGGAAGGGAAGACUGAGGAUGGACAAGGGGCUGAUGGAAAGGGCUGGAAAUCAGCUGUUGUGACACGCAUGUAUGAAGAUAGACUGAAAUCUUUGGAGGUAGAGGUUGAUAAAAAGACGAAACUUUUGUCAGAAACCAAGACAUUGUUGAAAGAAGCUGCUGUCAGGGAACAAAGGUUGAUGGCGGAGAAAGAUCAGCUUUUAAAGAAGGUUGCUGUUCUUGAGAAGAUACCCCCGGGAAGCUCUGGUAUGUCAGAUAUAGAUGUUGCCAGGGACUACCAACAAGCCAGGUUGACUAUAGACAGAUUAGAGAAUGAGAAGAAGGAACUUGCAUUUGAACUUACAAUGGCUAGAAGACAAGCUGGUGCUGGGAAUAUAAGUGAAGAAAUCUUUACAAAGGCAAAUAACUACGACAAAGUGAUGACAGAGAAUAUAGAGUUAGGACUUGAACUAAAAACUAUCCGCCUUGAAAGAGACAAAACAAAACUGGAAGUAGACAGAUUAAGAAAAGAGCUGGGCACAUUUGGACCAGACUUCUUUGAAGAAAUAGAAGAUCUGAAGUUUAACUAUAAACAAUCAGUAGAGAAAAAUAUACUUUAUGAAGAGAAAUUAAAACAAGUUAGCGAGCAGUUUGGAAUUACAAUACCAGGAGUUAGAUAAAGAGGGUUAAUUGUUUUGUUAGAUGUAAUGUGCUAAAUUAUAGUGAUAAUUUUUUAUUCUUUGUAUUG